ACAAAGUACAAAGUAUGGACCAGCAAGGAAAAUGCAACAAUUCGGAGAUACUAGAUUUUUCAACGCUGCAGUCGAACGAGGCCACGAAUUUAAUCAACAGCACCGGUGCUUGGCUGUUAAAUGAAAAGCCUGGGGCCCUUAUCUCAGAAGAAGAGCUGAAGAUUCGGAGUGAGGUCGAGAGGGAUAUAGAGAGAGACUUGGAGGAAGAAAUCAAAGACGGGAUAUGUCAUCUUGCUCUCAGAUUGCACAGGCUUUAUCAACACCAAAAGGAAAGAAGAUCAAGUUCUGCUGCUGCUCUUGCUGCUAGAGAUGAAAGAAAGAUGGAGAAAGCAUUUUGUGAGGUGAACAUAAACAUCAAAAUGGAAGGAGGAACCAAGAUCGAAAUAAAAGAGACCAAGAAACCAGCACCUCCUGAUCAAAAGGGUAGUGGUCCUAAUUGGUCUGGUUCAAGAUCAGAAAAUUAUAUGCAACCAUUUGUGAAGAUGGCUAGAAAUUCCAAGAAGUUUGAUUGGGCCAAAACACUGAGGUCAAAUGUUGGCCCUGUAGCCUUCACAAAGAAACCAUGGCAGCCCACAUGAACUUGUUAAGGGGCUUGACAAAGCAAGUAUACGUAUAGGGUACUGAUAACAUCUUCUCUCAACUGGGAUGGAAAGAGAUUGUUUUGGUUUGUUAGGGGUCUGGACUUGAGGUCUCUUUAACAUGACAAUAAUAUCAGUGCUGUUGGGAAGUGCUAAUGAGACCUAUGAUUUUUAUGUGAGACAUAUAAAUAAGUUGUGGAAUGUUAUGUAAACUCAAUUUCCAAAAAAGAAGAGGAAAAAUAAAAUUUGUAGUGGAAACUACUUUGCUUUUGUUUUUAAUUGAAGAUAGAGAA